CAUUGACCCGCCUAAAUAUACAGCAGCUCUGAAAGCACAGCAGCUCUGCCCGGUGGAAGGGUAGCCUGUGCUUGCUAAUGUCUCUGCUCCUUUUAAUAUAUCCUUCAGUCUCACUAUGGAUCUCCUCACAGUCACGCUGCUGGCCCUCGCUAUACACCGUGGAGAAUGCGGCCCGGUUGUCACCCCGCCGCGCUAUACCGCCAGACCCGGAGAAAGCGUCAGGCUGCAGUGCAGUAUCGGCACCGAGCUGGAGGAGUCCUCUCUGAUCAGCUGUUACCGAGAGCGGCUGGGCGGGGUCCUGGAGCUCCUAGCGCAGUUUAUACAGAACGCACUUACGAAUGGGCGCUAUACCGGUGAAAUACAUAACAAGAACGGGAACUUUUCCCUGACGAUUGGAAAUGUUCAAAGGAACGAUUCGGGAUUGUAUUUCUGCAUCGUCAGAGCUUCAGGCACAUUCACCCCCGGCAGGAGCUCCAGGCUGGUUGUAGCGGACCCGCAGAGAACCCCGAGUGUGCAGCUGUUCUCCCCGGUCUCGGCUGAAGGCGAGUCGGGCUGGACUGAGCCGGUUCCGGUUGUGUGUUUAGUGAGAGACGCCUCCCCACUCUGGGGGCCAGUCCUCUGGACAAUCCCCGGGCUCUCCGCUGAACCCCCGCCGGGGCUAGACGAGGUGCUGAUAGAACCUGACGGCUCUUACACCGUGACGAGUCACACCACAGUCAGCGCGGAGCAAUGGGAGAGCGGGGGAGCGGCGUGUGAGGUUCGCAAUAAAGCCACCGGACAUGUUUCUGCAUCCGGAAAAGGCACACAUGGGAAUUCCAUUUUUGGAGAAGGGGAUACAACCUGUCUGCAUGUUCUAUAUUAUGGAGUGCCUGGAGUUUGCGUUUUGUUCUUGAUAGUGGUGACUAGUGUAUGUUUCUGUAGGAAAAGACUGAGAACAGUGCAAAGAAACAGGAAAGUGGAACUGACUGCUCACCACAGUGGCACAGGACCGAGGAAAACAAGAGAGGACGCGACCGAAUAUGCGUCAUUGAAUCUCAUCAGAACAAGAUGAUAUCAACUUACAGCCCAUUUGAAGUGGCGGACUGCAGGCUCUCAGCCUACAUGUUUAUUGUGAAUUUCGACGUCUUUUUGACAUUUCCCAAACUCCAAAUUGUAUUUAAAAAUCUAAAUUUUUAAUUACGUGCGCCAGCUUUAUUUGUUCUUGUUUGUUUGUUUCUCAGCUUGUGAUCCUUAUAACUUCAGAAUGUCUGGUUGGAUCCGCCAUUUUGUAUAGGCUGAGGGCCCACAAUGGCAGGGGAAUGAAAUCAAACCUUUGUGUGUUAAUGGGAAUUUAGAUGCAACAUGGAUGAAGGCUGUCGUUGAAAUAAAGACUGAUAUUUUUCUAUUU